CGCGAGAAGUGUGCGCCGGUAACCUUGUGCUCCUGCAGGAGUGUUGUUGUGGAACCAGCUGUCGAGGCAGCGUUAAGACAGUUCCAUGGUAUCUUUUUUCGUCUACUUCAUCCCGGGGUCAUGAGCAAAUAUAUUCUCCCCGUGUCUGUGUUCGGGACCGUGUUCGGCUGCGCGGUGUUACUAAAGAACCAUGUGACUGGAGGCCGGUGCACUAGUAAAGCUACCAUUCCUGGGAAGACUGUGGUUGUAACAGGAGCCAAUGCGGGCAUCGGGAAAGAGACUGCCCACGAACUGGCCAAGAGAGGGGGGCGGAUCAUUAUGGGAUGUCGGGACAUGGAGAAGUGCGAGGCAGCUGCGAAAGAAAUCCGGGGGAAGACCCUGAAUCCUCACGUUUAUGCCUGUCACCUCGACCUGGCCUCUGUGAAAUCCAUCCGAGCGUUUGCAGAGAGAAUCAAACAAGAGGAGCAGAGAGUGGAUGUGCUGAUAAACAACGCAGGGGUCAUGAGAUGUCCAGCGUGGAAAACAGAAGAUGGCUUCGAGAUGCAGUUUGGAGUUAAUCACUUAGGCCACUUCUUGUUGACAAAUCUUCUGCUGGAUAAGUUGAAAGAGUCCGCCCCCAGCAGGGUGAUCAACCUGGCCUCGCUCGCCCACAUAGUUGGAAAGAUUGACUUCGAGGACUUGAACUGGGAGAAUAAGAAGUUUGAUACCAAGCAGGCGUACUGUCAGAGCAAGCUUGCCAAUGUUCUGUUCACCAGAGAGCUUGCCAAGCGAUUACAAGGCACAGGAGUCACGGUGAAUGCGGUACACCCGGGCGUUGUGGCCACGGAUCUUGGGAGGCACACCGGCCUGCAUCAAUCGCAGUUCUCGAGCUCCGUGCUCAGUCCCUUUUUCUCCCUGUUGGUGAAGAACCCAGAACUCGGGGCCCAGCCCAGCGUAUACCUGGCCGUUUCCGAGGAACUGGAGGGUGUGACGGGAUGCUACUAUGAUGUGAUGACCGAAAAGGAACCGGCGCCCCAGGCCCUGGAUGAAGAGGUAGCUCGCAAGCUGUGGGAGGCCAGCAGCAGGCUGGUGGGUCUGGAGGAGGAAGGACAGACUGGACAGUCGAGCCCUCCAGCAGAAGCUGCACGGACAGAAUCGGCACAGAAACAUGGACAGAGCCCAGGGCCAGCUGUCAGUGCUGCUGGGUUGUAGGUUUGCUCGGACCUCUGGGCUUGCAGCGGAUCAUAUUGGACCUCUAUGACUGUGCUGGGCUCUUUGCAACAGUUAAUUGUCUGACAGUGUGAUUCUGGUUGUCUGUGUAAUGCCGGUCUCUUGUACAUGAUCCUGCAUCAGGAUUUUGUCUUUAAAACAUGUAACAUGCGGCCUUUGACAAUGGAUUAUGUGUUCUGUGUGUAUAUUUUGAAAGACAAAGUAGCCCUGGAUUAUUAAAUUGCUAAACAAAACACACCCCUGCUCACUUUAGUAACUCAGGGAUCGUGAUAAUACAGCCUCCCUUUGUCUGGUAUGACCAGUAGCUUAAUGUGGUUUAUGUUAGCUUACACCGGAGAUUACUAGAUAUCAGUCCCCUAAAUAUGCCUGUUUUUUAAAAUCAAGAUCCAAAAUUUAACAUUCCCUGGCAAAUCAGUGAAAAUGCCCCCAAAACAUUUGCCUGUUUAAGAAAGUAAAAUACAUAAAUCUGUGAAGUAGUUUUUGUGUAAUCCUGCUAACAAACCAACCAACCAAAUGCCUGUGUAAAUUAAAAAUAUCCACUUUAAAACAUGAAUAUUUAAAGCAGGGGUGGGAACCUCCGUCCUCCCGGCUGUGUACAGCCUGCAAGAACAUUCAUAAAUACAGAAAAAGCAACUCAGAAAUACAAAAAAAAAAUUCUAAUGACAGCAAUUGUUAUUUUUGUGAUUGAAGAAAAUUAAAUAAAUCAGUAUUCUAACA